GCUAAUUGCAACCUGAUCUAUGGUGACGAAUAUGGUCCAGAAACAAAGAUGAGCAUGUCUCAGUUGAAUGAAAAGGAAACUCCUUUUGAACUCAUUGAAGCUCUGCUUAAGUACAUUGAAACCCUUAAUGUUCCUGGAGCUGUGUUGGUUUUUUUGCCUGGCUGGAAUUUGAUUUAUACUAUGCAGAAGCAUUUGGAAUUGAAUCCACAUUUUGGAAGUCAUCGUUAUCAGAUUCUGCCUCUGCAUUCUCAGAUUCCUCUAGAGGAGCAGCCCAAAGUAUUUGAUGCAGUACCAGUUGGAAUAACCAAGGUAAAUAUUAACUGUUACAAUGAUGAGGUAGUAAGUGACAUGGCCUGCAAAUGUUACCAGCCUUCAAAGAGCUACCAAAAAAUUGUAACGCAUCUCAAUUGA